GCGUUUAUAAUAUUAGUAGGACGUGCGACAGCCCUAGUGGGGCAACCCUAGCGCUCGGGGCGCGCAGCCGCGGCACUGCGCCCUCGCUCUCCAGCCAUGGCGGACGCGCCGCCCGAGGUCCUGGAGCUGAACGUCGGCGGCGUGCACUACGCCACCACGCGCGACACGCUGUUGCGCGAGCCGGACUCGCUGCCCGCCGCCGCCGUACACGACUCGGAGCAUCCGCGCGACGCCCGCGGACGCAUAUUCUUCGACCGCGACGGCGUGCUCUUCAGAUACGUGCUCGACUACCUCCGCGACGGCGGCCUCGUGCUGCCGGAGUGCUUCCGCGAGCACAAGCGGCUCGCGCGCGAGGCCAAGCACUACAGGCUCGUCGGCUUGGAGAUCGCGGUCCGGGACGCCGACCCCAAGCCGCCGAACCGCGAGAAGGGCUGCAUCACCGUCGGCUACCGCGGGAGCUUCGCGUUCGGGCGGGACGGCCUCGCGGACGUUAAGUUCCGCAAGUUGUCCCGGAUUCUGGUGUGCGGGAAAGUCACGCUGUGUCGGGACGUGUUUGGCGAGACGUUGAACGAGUCCCGAGAUCCGGACCACGGGCUGGCGGAUAGGUACACGUCCCGGUUCUUCUUGAAGCACUCGUUUAUCGAGCAGGCGUUUGAUAUGCUGCAAGAGCAAGGGUUCAAGCUGACGGCCAGUUGUGGCAGCGGCACGGCGGGCGGCGCUGCAGAGCUGAAGCCAGGUGUGGACUCGGAGGAGAACCGUUGGAACCACUACAACGAAUUCGUGUUCGUACGCGAAUAGUUCUAAUUGUGAUACCGCGUCUUGCACGACCGUUGGGAGUUUAACACUUCUGUAGUCCGGCACUGCACCGUGUCUGGUUGACUCGCAGGUAACAGAAGACAGCGUAUGAUUUCAUACUUCUUUACUACAUGUACAUUCAACUGUUAUUUGAUUCAAGUGAAAACUUUUUGUCCUCUUAUAUUUUACUCAACGACAAAACAAUUCAACCGUUUCGACAAUUAUUAGGUACCACGUUUAAGUGUAUCGUACUAGUGAUAUUAUAGUGUAUUUAAUGAUUAAAUAAAUAUUAUUAAUAAAAACAUGUUUACAUAGAAUAUAGAUAUGUAGAUAAAUCGAAGUUAAAUAUAUUCGUGUAUCAAAUAAGUAGUUACCUAAAUUGUAUUAGUAUAAAUGUAUAAAUAUUAAAAUGUAGAAGUUACCUCCUUUUAGAGCUAAUCUUGUUUACUGUGACAGAUCUAUUUCUAAUGUAUUGUCUAUUUUAUAAACGAUUUUUAUUAUAUUAAUUGAUAAUGUCUUACGGGUAUAGUGUAUUUUGGAAUUGCAUGAUGAAGCUUUCGAAUCUACAUGAUUUCAUUAAAGUUUAAAAACUUUUUAACUUGUGUUAUUAGUUUCUCAGUGAAAGUCCAAAAUAUUUUCCAAUAUUUACUUAUCUAGUUAAUUUUUAAUAAAUUUUUAUCUCUAUUAUUAUAAAUUCACUGUAGAUAUACGAGUACAGUCGUGGCCAACUAAUUAAGGACAGAUUAAAGUACAGUUGGGCCAACAAAUGUUGUCUUUGUAUGUAAAAAUACAGAUUUAAAAAAUAUAUACUAUAAUCCAAUUCACAUUUAUUUAAACAGUGAUAGAAUAUCGUAUAGGUCGGUUAUCUAAUUGUUUAUUAGCUCUAACUAUAAUCUAAAGAAGCCUAUAUCCGCCAUGAAA